AUGCCGAAAAACCGCCCUGCCACCUCGGGCUACGCCCGUCUGGCCCAGGCUGAAGAAGAACGCGGCUAUCUUCAUGAUGAUUCAGAGGACGAUGAGAUCGCCGCAGUUUCAACGGCAUCCACCUCCGCUCCUCGAUACGCUCCCAUCUCCUCCCGAGCCCAGAUGCAGGCGUCCGGUCUCCACACACCCCCAGGCCACCAACGCAGGCAUAGCGGCUUCCAAUACUCUCGCGGCCGUCGAAACUCCGGUGUGGACAUCAAAGCGAUCAACGCGCGUCUCGAAAAAUGGGCAGAGGAGAUUGCCUCCAAGUUCAAGAUCAACCGCGUCAAGGGCAAGAGCUACGAGGAGGAAAAACUGGAAAUCUACCAUUCUGUUUUCCAAGCACCCCCUGGAGUUCAACCUAUCACCGCGGAAGCUCUUGAGUCCGAUGAGUUUGAAGGCCAGCAAAGGCAGGCCCGCGCCGAAUACGAGGAAAUCAUCGAAAGCGUUCGGGUCGCCAUUGAGAUGGGAGUACAUCCCCGGAUGAUCUCACAGGGUAGCUCCGGUAGCUAUUUUGCUCGAAACACGGAAGGGAAGGUAGUCGGUGUCUUCAAGCCCAAGGAUGAGGAGCCCUACGCCUCUCGAAACCCCAAAUGGACCAAGUGGAUCCAUCGCAACUUGUUCCCCUGCUUCUUCGGCCGCGCCUGUCUUAUUCCCAAUCUCUCAUAUGUCUCCGAGGCUGCCGCCUAUGUUCUAGACGCCCGCCUACGGACGAACCUGGUCCCUUACACUGGAAUUGUGCGAUUGUCCUCAAAAUCGUUCUUCUAUGAUUUCUGGGAUCGCAGAAAGGCGUGGAAGGGGAAGAAGAACUUGCCCCACAAAGCAGGCAGUUUCCAGGUGUUCCUGAAGGGAUUCAAGGAUGCCAAUAUCUUCUUGCGCGAACACCCUUGGCCUGAUCAGACCAAUACUGGAUUCCGCGCCGAAGAUGCACCAAAACGCAAGAAGAGACCUUGGAACGAAGCCUGUCGUCCUUCGGGGGCUCAAUCGGAUGACGAGGAUGACGAGGACCCCGGCUACGUACCCUCACCACCGGGAUCCCGCGACGAAGGCUCUGAACGCCGUUUCUACUGGACUGAAAACCUUAAACAAUCCUUCCGCGAGGAACUAGAAAAGCUUGUCAUCUUGGAUUACAUCAUGCGGAAUACCGAUCGCGGCCUCGACAACUGGAUGGUGAAAAUCGACUGGGGCACAGAACAAGUUUCCAUUGUGGCAGAACCCCCCAAGGCCAAUGAGCCGCAACCGAAGCAUGAUGAAGAUGAGCUCAUGCCUCCGGCCCGUCCAGUUUCCGUGAACUCAAACGGCACACCCACCCCCUCCACUCAUCCUUACCGGCGACACGAGACGAUGAUGGCCAUCAGUCGCACGGGCACUCCGCUGGCCUCUUCGGAGCAAUCAGCCUCUGUCCAACUUGGUGCUAUUGAUAACAGUUUAUCCUGGCCAUGGAAGCAUCCAGAUGCCUGGCGCAGCUUCCCCUUCGGCUGGCUUUUCCUACCAGUCUCGUUGAUCGGACAGCCCUUCUCACAGAAAACUCGCGACCAUUUCCUUCCCUUGCUCACAUCAACUGCUUGGUGGAGCGGGACUCAGAUGGCUUUACGUAGUGUCUUUGCGCAAGAUGACGAUUUCAAGGAAAGCAUGUUUGCGCGACAGAUUGCUGUGAUGAAAGGCCAGGCUUGGAACGUUGUGGAAACUCUGAAACAGCCAGAUCACGGCCCACUUGAACUAACCCGCCGAACACGAGUUUGUGUAUGGGACGACUUGGUUGAUGUACCCGUUGCCAUCCCCAUGCGUGCCCCUUCCACAGACCGAUCAAGAAACCAAUAUACGAAUUACGACCCUGAUGAAGAAGAGAUGGAUAUCGGCGCAUCCAUCUCCUCCCAACCACUCCCCGAGCACGAUUUAUUGGGAUUGAACUCGUCUCCCAGCGAUCUCCCCAACCCAAACCGGUUCGAACUUACCCGUGGUCGAGCUGAGGUUGAUAGCGUUGCUGAUGGUUCGAUUGGUAGCCCGGCAACUCUGAACGACGCUGAACUCGGCCGUCGACCCACGGACGGUGCUGGGGGUUCUCUGGAUGGAUGGCCCUCACUUCCUCCCCGCCAGCAAAAGCACCGCAAGAACGGAGGCUCUCUGUCAUACCGUGCUCCUCGAGUCAAUACAUUCGGUAGUGAUGACCUCGAAGGCGAUCUCGGUUAUGCGGUUGCCGAGGGCAUGGAAGGUAAUCAGCGCAAAGUAAUUGUCGAGCGCUUGGAAGCCGUCAAAAGCAAGAACCCGGUCUUUACUUGGUGCUGA